AGUUUCUUGAAAGAGUUUACUGACUAGUUUGGUGAAAUUUCAUUAGAAAAUAUGGGAUUAGCACCGUUUUAGGAUCGAUUUAACAUCUACAUUUUGAAAAUGGUGUUGUUUCACGAAUUAGAGGUGAAACAUGUAGGGUCUUUGUGUUGAUCCCUUUACGGCUCUUGUAGACUCUCAAACCGACUCGCCUAACAAAAACCUCAAAUUGCAUAUGCCUACGUAUAUUGAAUUUUAGCAAGAUGAUUAAAAAACCAAUGUCAGUUACCUGAAAUGAUCACAUGAUUGUAGUUUUAAUUAUUGGAGUUACUAUUUCUGUUGUAUGUAAAACUCUUGGAGGGUCAAAAAAAAGUAGCACAACAUUAAAAUGGAAUUCAGUAAAUUUCUUCAUUAAUUAUUUAGUUUUGAGUUUUACUGUUGAAGUUAGAAUUAACUUGAAACGCAAAAAAUGUAACAAAGAUAUGAUAUUACCCUGUCUUUCUAUUCUUAUAUUUGUAAAAUUAUAUAAACGGAAUAAUACUAUUGCAAUUUCCAUAUCUCAAGAGAGACUAGCUCUAGUAGAACCAACCAUUAAUUAACCCUAUUUUGAAUUACAAUCAAGGCAACUCCUUGGGUUCUAAAUCAUGUUGGUAUUCUUCUCUAAAACCCUCAUUAUCCAAUAUUUUGUUGAGAAAGAAGAUGGUCAAUGAAAACGUUACAUUGUCCCUCCUGAACCAUGAAAAUGAUAUUAUGCUUGUCAACAACGACGCAUUGAUGUGUUGACCAACCAAUGUGAGCAGAAAUGUUUGAUUAUAACUUUUACUUUUACAAGCAUUAUGAGAUUGAUAGAAGUUAUGAGAGACUCAUCAAAAUGAGUGAAUUGUGUAAUAAACAACUACUGUACACAUUCUCACAUGAUCCUGAGUUUGAGCGGUACAGAGGAAAUAUUUAUGUUAGAAGUUCAGAACACUUUCUAAACUGCAAGUCAUCAUCUUUUUAUUUUUUUGGUCAAUAAAGUGCAAGUCAUUAUCAGCGACGCUUUCAUCCACAUUAUAGGCUAUUAGUUUGAAUAUUAAUAUCUUUUAUGCAAUAAUGAAUAUGGAUGUAUUUAGAAUGAAAUUUAACCCUAAAUUACAACAUUUUCUAAUGAUCAAGGACCUUGUAAUAGAGAUCAAGUGAAAAUUUUCAAAUGAACUAUUGGAUUAGUGUUAUUAACUUUUAAAUUCUCAACAUGAAAGUCACUAACCCAUCAUUUAAAAGUCUUCAUUAGUUCUUAUUUUAAAAUCAUCACUAGAGACUCCCUAUUUUGAUAGGUAUAGCUCACUGGCUGAGUAGAGGUGGUGAUAAAAAAAAUAAAAACGCUUGGAUGAAACACAAACCCAGGCCAACAAACUCAUCAAACGACAAAAAGGAAACACCUACAAAACGUGGAGAUGCAGUUGAAUCCAUCGGUUACACUUACACACCCAAAGCAAGAAGCUAGCUCUCUGCCUCCCUCCCACGUAGUGGAUUCAUGGCGCAUGCAUACCUUUCUCUCCUUCCACGGGUCACCAAACAACUCAUCCAUCUACCACCUGCUACUCUAGUACGUUUUCUCUUAUAUUUACUCCUCCGCCCCCUCAUCUCUCUCCUCGCUACCAACCCAAGAUGGAGUACUGUGACACAGAUACGCCGGAGCAAUGCCGGGAGCGCCGCCAUCGAAGAAUCCAGAUGAGGCGCUUGAGGUGGUGCUGUUGCGGCCAGCACUUUCACCGCCAGCUGAGUUCAUACCGGACUAAUUACACUAUGACCACUCAUGAAAUGCCGCAACACCGGAAUCCAAUGCCCGAUUUCGGCAAGUUUUCACUUAUAAGGCAUCGUUCAGAGAGCAUUAUUGACGAUACCUUAUUUGUGAAGGAGGACUUCUGCCGGCUCGAACUUCUAGGUGGACAGCCUAUGCAUUUCUUUGCUGUCUUUGAUGCUCAAGGAGACCCUCAUGUGUCCACGCUGUGCAAACAAUUGAUGCACCAAUGCGUGGCGGCGGAGCUGCGGCGCGUGUGCAGCACUCCAGGGCUUGGUGAGAACUUGAGCAUGGGUUUGGAAACGGGAAGCGAGCAGCAGGAAGGGGAGGAGGCCAAGUGGCAUGAUCUGGUGCGAACAGCCCUAGAGAGGAGCUUUCAGAGGAUGAACCGUCUCAGGCAACACACUUGCACGUGUGGGAACAUUACUGAUGAUUGCAGGUGUGGAUUCAUGAUCCUCACGCCGCCAGUUGCGGCUGUUGUGGCAAUCUUAACAGCUCGGAAUAUUGUCAUUGCUAACUCCGGUACCUCACGCGCCGUCCUUGGUCGUGCCGGGAGUUCUUUACCACUCUUUGAUAAUUCCAAGCCUGAAAGACUAGAUGUACAAGAAAGGCUUCGUGCAGUAGAUGGUCGGGUUUUCCAUCACAACGGCAUGCGUGUAUAUGGAAUUCUUAACAUGUCUCAUUCCGCAGGGGAUCACUACCUUCUGAAUAUUUCCAUCACAGAAAGAGAGGGAAAUGAAGAUGAAUGCUUGAUUCUAGCCAAUCAUGGUAUUUGGGAUGCUAUAUCAGAUGACAUGGCUUGCAGGGUAGCUAGAACAUGUCUCACAUUUGAAGACGGGGAAGCUGCUAGAGCUCUAGCCAAAGAUGGUCGUCUUUAUGGUCCAGACACAUGCGAUCAUGAGAAGUUUUUCUCUUCCAAAACUAACAGUGCAGCUGCAAUACUCUGCCGCCUCGCUUUGGGCCGUGGCAGUCGAGGCGAUAUAAGUGUCAUUGUUGUCGAUUUAAUGGUUAGGUGGAAGUCAAGGCAAAAAUGACAUUGCAACUUUUGCAAGUAAAAUUUACUGCUGUUUCAUGAAAUUAAGUUUGUUUAGGAAAAUAGUGUGAAGAACCCAAAAAAACCCGCAUCCAAAAAGUGGCAUGGCAAUGUUGUUCUUCUUCA